AUGAGCCACGGUAACUCGGAGGAUCACAUCGAAACCAAGGAGUCGCGCCCUGCCGACGAUGAAGAUUACUACGCUCGCAAGGGAAUCGACGACGAUGUGUACUACGGCUCCUGGUGCGAUGGAUACGAAGCAUCGGGCACGAGCAGCCAGCUACGGCAGACCGACAACUCUACCUCGACCUCUUACGCCAUGCUGUCGAGCACCACUGGCUCCGAUCUACCGGAGGACCAAGGAUGGGAGGACCGCUACUUCGAUUCCAUGGGUGUCCCGGGGGUGGCUCGGCUGAGCCUGUCACCUCUCACGCAAAAGAUCAUCGGCUGCGUGAUAGACGAGAACGUGACGACCGAGUACCCGUGGGUGUACGUGCGCCGGCAGAUAAUCGAGGACAACAUCGAGCUGCAUCCCAAGAGCAGCGACUUUUUGCCGGUCAAGCCGGAAAUCGAGCGCUACCGUGCCCCGGAGGUGCUGGUGGGCUACGCGCCCACAAUCGAUCCCAACGAGGGACAAUUUUACAUAUGCCUGACGGAACGGAGCCGCGAGGAGGUCGAGCGCCGUAUAGACGAGUUGAGGCGCGAGCAGCAGGAAUGGGUGCGCGCCGCAGUGUUCAAGGAACCCCGAAGUUGGAUCGAGUGGGGCAGCGCUGCCGUGGUCGAUGAUGCUAUCGUCAAGCCAACUCGGCCCUUCUUCGAUAUCGAGAUGAAAACGAAAGUGGAGCAGCUGAAGCUGCCCGCCCAUCUGGUCAGCGUGAGGAGCGAAGAUCGGCGCGAUGGUUACGUGGAGGUGGUGCCGCACCGCGAGAUCUUUGCCAACGUCGAAAAGAUACUCGUGGAUAAGGGCUCGAGGGCGGUGCCGAGGAUAAAAACUAACGACGCGCAAACCGAGACGGCCGUGCGGGUCAACGCGUGGAGUCAGUGCACCCUCGACCGGGAGUCCGGGGCACCUAUGGUCGACCCCAACGACAAGAAGACACGCAAGGAGCUCGAGAAAUUCAUCAAAGCCAAGAUCGAGAAUAUGUGCUACGAGGUGCACGCCAACGCGACGUGGGACGUGUACAAGAGCGACUACGCCGAGCUGGCGGAGCGAUCGGAAGCAAAGGUGACGAGGACGUUGGUCAGCUACGAGGAGCGGCAGAUCUACUACGAGGGCAACUUGUGCCGGGACCGGGUGAUUGGCGACCUCAGUUGGCAUCCCCAGUGGACGGGAGUCAUGGCCGCGGUCUACACGCCGAAAAUCGUCGAGGGCAAGUCGCGUAAAAAGGUUCCAUUGCGUGUACUUCCAUGUACUUUGAGCGACAAUCAAGUACUCGUCUGGUCGUUCGACGACUCCCUCAAGCCAAAACUCGUUCUCGAGGCAAAGGCGCUCAUAACGUCCGUCUCGUUUUGUCCUCGCAACAGCAAAAUCGUCAUCGGUGGUUGCGACAACGGUCAGGUAGUCAUCUGGGACAUAGCCGGUAAGAUCGAGGAAGCGGAGCGGCCGGUCGUGCGAACCGAAGCCCAGAUGAAGGCCCACUUCCUGGUAAUGAAACCUUAAAAAUGAAAAUAAGGAUAAAAAAAAAAAUUGACGUAAAUGCAGGAGCGACGCGACGCGUUGGUCGUGAGGCAAGCGGCAACGUCCAGCUCGAGGGACAGCCCUACGGAUAGAGUCACAAAGAUCGAGUGGCUGUCACCAUACCGGAAGAUCAACGACAGAGGCAUGGUCCAGGAUCUACCAGCGGACACCGCGGAGGCCGACCUGAGCCAACAGUUCGUUACCUCGAGCAACGAGGGCACCAUUGCUUUUUGGGACUUGACUUUGCCCCCGGAGGACGAGGACGAACCCAAGGGUAGGAAGAAGAAAAACCUGGUCAAGCCGCCACGGGACCCCGAGGAGCCCGUAUCGGAGUACAACCGCCUCGACGGUACCUACAAGCCCACGUACGUGCUAAUCGUGACGAACCCCGAUACGAAGCGCAACGUCCCCGUGAGCGCGCUGAGCUUGCGCUACCCGAGCUUCGAGAAGGAACCGAUUACACGCUCGACCGACGUGACCAAGCGCGGGUGGUACAACCUACUGGCGAAAAAGGACCCCCAUGACCAGUCCCCUCUGCACGCGGUGUUUGUCGGGACGGGUUUGGGCGAGUGCGGCCUCGUCACCUGGGAGGGCUUCGAGUACUCGACGGGCUUGGCCCUCAACAAAGAGAACACCAAGUGGCUCUGGCUCCGGCAUGCGCACGACGGCCCGGUCAGCCACGCGGUGAGGUCGCCCCACCUGCACGACCUCGUGUUGACCGUGGGUGGUCGCUCGUUCGCCAUCUGGAGGGACGACUUUGACGAGCCCAUCUUCCAAAGGGAAUCGGAACUCGGGUACACGAGCUGCUGCUGGGACGGGGGCAGGAAGAGCGCGGUGUUGUUGGGCCGCGACGACGGCACUGUCGAGAUCUGGGACCUGAUGGUCAAGGUCCACGAGCCCAGCGCUACCAAGAGCCUGUCCGGGCACGCGGUCACGGGCGUGCACGCGCACGCGCUGCCCCUGGCUUCCCGGUGCGUGGGCAUCUGCGACCACAACGGGGCUUUCCGGAUCUUUGUGGCAUCGAGGCUCGAGGACCCCGCUAGCCUCGACUGGAUGCGCCGCUACGUUGACAACGAAAUCAGCCGGCUGGAAGACUUGAAAUUUGCCCGGCAAGAGGAAGAGAAGCGGGCCGAGACCGAAGAAAAGCGCACCACUGAAAAAUCAGGGGUGGAGCGUGAGCCGGUGGAGGAGAAACCCGACGGGGCGACAAAGGCCAAGAAAAAGACGUACAAGCAGCUGGUGGAGGAGUCGCGGGAGCGUUGGGUGGGCAGGGAGCUGGAGCGCAUGCAGCGAGCCAUACUGACGAAGAAGGGCCUGCGCGAGGAGGAGCUGGAGCGACGGCAGGAGCCGGUGCUACGAAUGAAGCGCGAGGCCGAGGAGAAGGAGGCGCGCCGACGGCGGAUCAUGGACAGCGCACCCGAGCUCUUCCAGGAAGCGGUGGCCAGUCACUUUCCCCGCCAUCGCCGGAAAUUCCUGACCGCGUUCACCCUGCCCCCCGGGACCCCCGACUCGGCUGGAACGGCUGACGACGAGCAAACCGAGGGGAAGUCAAAGUCUCGGAGUGUCAAAGAAGCUGCGGAUGCUUUGGGAGGACAGGAUAGCUCGUUUUAG